AUCAUACCGUUAGCGCAAGCCCCUCCUAGUACUUUCCCUCUUCCUCGAUCUCCAAAGAUCCGGUAAACCCUAAUCAACCCAAGAAGCUCGAUGGUUUUGGUUGAGGAGUCCAAGGGCGAGCGGGCGCCGACGGGUGGCUGCGACAAGGACGCCCCAGGGCUUCUGGAGCGCCACAAUUUUUCAGCGGGCCAUCCCGGAGAGCUUUUGGGCGGCUUCGCCUACGAGGUUUCAGGCGGCAAGGCGGACGAGGUCUUGGUUAGCGGUAGCCAGGAUCUCGGUGAGGCGGCAGUGGUUGAGAAGGGGCUCAUGGGGGAGGCUACUCCGAUGGAGGUAGAUGAGCUGCCGGUGGCCGAAUGCGGAAGGAUGGAGGCUUGCACCCCACGCGGAUCUAAACAGUAUUCAUUUGAAAGCAAAUGUUGUGUGUGCCAUCGACAGCCCUCCAAACUGGGGAAUGAGAUCUGCAGAAGAUGUGUAAUCCAGUUGAAGGAAAACUUCGUCUUAAAAAACAUUAAUGCUGUCCUUUUUGAUAUGGAAGAAUGCAAAGAUAUAUACGAUGAUACUGGUGAAGUUGUUGAAGAUCAAGUUUUCUACUGUCCUGUCUGUAGUGCGUUUGUGAUUUCAGGUCACGAAAGUACCACAGGACAUGAAACAGUAACUAUCAAAAGGAGAACGGGCCAGUGGUGUGCCCUUGUCACUGGUGAAGAAUCAUGGGCUCCUAUAUUUGACAAUAUACAGGCUCUGGAACCAUUUGAUAAUCUUGCUGAGAGAUACAUUCCCUUGCACUGUGCAACAGGGAGAAAAUGCAAAGCAUGCAUUAAUUGCCUGAGUUCCCUGACAGAUUUGUUCUGUACCUUCCAAUGCAAGGCCGCUUCUGGUGAAAUAGACCUUCUGUGGACAGAGAUACUCCUACAAACUGAUUUUUCGGAGUCUUGUCAAUUGGAUAAAGUGUGCAAGACGUUUCCCCACCAGGCCUUCUGUAGCCAUUGUUGCCCUGGCCAUCACAAGGGGAAAGGCAUAAGAGAGGCUGUGAAAAAUGACCCUGCUUCAAAGUUCAUCUCUGGUACUCCAUUCUCAACAUUUAUUGCCAGCCAUGACAAGAGCUCGUCAGGCCACUGCUGCACAAGUUGCAUGCGAUGUAUGGGUUUAUUAACAGAGAGUGAAACUGCUUUCCAUGCAUGUUUCUAUAAUAUUGAACUGGCAAAUUUGCAAAUCGAUGAUGGUUCAGGAGAGACUGAAUUUGAACAGGAUAGCUUUUGUAUUGACUGCAUGGCCUCAUUUUGUGGAAAGAUUUGUCAGCAUCAUAAUACUCACCAAAUAAUAGGAGGUACCAGUAGAGCAUGCCGUGCCAGGUCAAAGACUCGUUCCACUUGCAGAUCGUGGAACCUCUAGGUGCCCUGGAUGCGGCCGGUCUAUGCCCCAUGCUGGGUCGUCGUGUUGUUUUUACUGCAAAUACUGACCUUGCAAACCUUUAGAUUCGCUCAUCACUUGUACUCAUUGAUACUAAGAUCUCACAAACGGGAAAGCUAUACAGAAAUACAUCCUGUAUUUUUAGGAAUUUGCUGCUGCGCCCUUAACGAUUUUAGGAAGUUGAGGUAAUUUUUGGGUGGCACGCUACUUGUAUUGGGUAGUUGCAAUGUACAGUCUUAGUUGUUCUUUGUAGCACAUACUCGUGCUGGAUUGUUCUUGUAAAUCGAUGUGGACACAUAAUUGUACUGAAUAGUCCUAGUAAAUCGAAUUGGACACAUUUCUUGUUCU